AUGAACAUACUGUCCAAGCUCAGCAACAAUGUCACUCUUGUAGUUGAUAAGAAGGAAUCAUGGGAAAGAUUCAUGGCCAACAGAUUUCUGUAUAAUUCCGAUAGAGCCAAGUAUCAAUCAAGAAUUGAUGGAAUGACGGCGCAGUACACGUUGAAGCAUCUGGAUUUCAAACAAGGUUGUACAUUUCCAACUACUUUGGAAAAUGCUGCUGAUGUUUUGAAUCAAAACAAGCACGAUAAUAGGAAGAAAAAUUCGAAUGGAGGAAAUUCGAAUGGACAAGGGAAACAAAAUAAGUCAAACAACAAUCAAAAUGACGGAGCUCAGUUUUCGCAACAACAAACUCGAGCGUGUUUUGUGUGCGGAUCGAAAGAUCAUGUCGCACCUCAAUGUGCGGACAAAUUUAAGCUGCGGGAACAGUGGAAAAACCCGGACAAAUAUAGGGAUUAUUCGGAGGAGAAUGGUCGUGGUAAUCGACAAAAUAUUCAACGUGAUGAAAAUGCAACGCGUAAUGAUAAUGAAUCAGGUGAUUCAAAUACUCAAUGGAACUAUGGACGUUCCAACAAUGGAUCCCAUGGAGGACAAUUUAUUCAACGAGGACAUGCUGACAAUCAUCCAAGACAACAAGGGAUGAUGUUAUUUCAACACAACAAUACUGGUAUACACUUGGAUAGUGGAUCUACUUUUCAUUUGCGAACCAAUGAAGAUGACUUUAAAGAAGGAAGUCUACAAGGAAUUCAUGGAGGAUUCCAUUAUGCCUCUAAUGUCGAGGGAAGAGAACUUUAUCAAGAAGGAAUUGAUAAGGUAUUUGAUUCUGUAUGUAAGCUUGACACACGAGCUAGUGACAACGUCAACAGCUUGUCGAAUAUGGUACAAGAUGGAUUUGAUGUAUUUAUGGACACAAAGAGAGAGAACAGCUUCUUUGUGACCAGAAACGGGACUACAUGGCGAUUUGGACAUCGCAAUGGAUUAUAUACUUUGGUUGACGAACCUGCUAUGGUAACAGCAAUGUUCCAUGACCAUGCACGUGGACUUGAUAAUGAUGAUGUGCAAGGGUACUGUGCUCUACAGAGUGUGGAGAAGAACAAAGAGGGUUUCACAAACAAACAAGUGAAACGAGCAAAUGUUGCACGGAGUGGCUAUCAUAUGAUGGGGGCACCUGGUGCAGAACUAUUCAAGUUGGCGAUUCGGGGAAAUUUUUUCAAAAAUUGUCCAAUUACGGAGGAAGAUGUUAAUAUCUCUGAAAAGAUAUAUGGACCAAGCGUUUCAACAAUUAAGGGCAAACAAAAGCGACCAACACCGAAGGCGGUGGUUGAUGAUUGGAUCAAAAUGCCCAAGGAACUACUGAAACACAAUUCGAACCUGGAUUUAUGCAUCGACAUUAUGUUUAUCAACAAUGUCGCGUUUUUUGUCAGUAUUGACAAAGCGAUCAAAUUCCGAUUCAGUACUGAACUGAAAGAUCGGACAAAAGAUGCUAUUUACAAGUCGAUUGACGAAAUUUGUGGCAAAUUUGGAUGA